CACUCGAUCUCAGCGUCUCUCCGAUCUCUUUCUCUCUCACCUUUUGCCUUCUUCCUCUCGGUUCCAUCUUCGCAGAAAACCUAGAUCGAGAAGCGGCGGCCGGAAAGACGAGAAACGAUGGCUGAAGCGCAGAGGCCGAACCGCCCCAAGGGCCGCGCCAUGGUUCUGGCCAUCGGCACCGCCACGCCGGCGAACGUCGUUAACCAGGCCGAUUAUCCGGACUUCUACUUCAGAGUCACCAACAGCGAGCACCUCACCGACCUCAAGAAGAAAUUCAAGCAAAUAUGCGAGAACACGACGAUUAAGAAGCGACACCUGCACUUGACAGAAGAGAUGCUGAACGACAACCCGAAAAUAAUCUCGCCGACGGAGAACUCCGUCAACGCCCGGCAGGAAAUCACAGUGGCCGAGGUCCCAAAGCUUGCCGAAGAAGCCUCCCGGAAGGCCAUCGAAGAAUGGAAGAAGCCGCUGUCCAAGAUCACACACAUCGUCUUCUGCACCACCUCCACCAUCGACAUGCCCGGCCCCGACUGGGACCUCAUGAACCUCCUGGGCAUGGACAACACCGUCCAGCGCUUCGUCCUCAGCCAGCAGGGCUGCUCCACCGGCGCCACCGUCCUCCGGCUCUCCAAGGACAUCGCCGAGAACAACCCCACCGCCCGUGUCCUGGCCGUCUGCUCGGACGUCACAGUCCCCUACUUCCGCGGCCCCUCCGGCGACGACGUCGACGACCUCCUCGUCGGCCAGGCCCUCUUCGGCGACGGCGCCGCCGCCAUGAUCAUCGGGUCGGAACCCGACCCAACCGAACACCCCGUCUUCGAAAUCGCCUCCGCGACCCAGGUCACCGUUCCAAACACCAGAGCCGCCAUUGAUGUCACCGCCCGGGAAGCGGGUUUCAUCGUCCACUUAUCCAAGGAAUUGCCGGGGCUUUUGGCGAGCAAUAUUGAGAAAUGCUUGGAGGAUGCUUUCGUCCAGAAGGGAAUCAGCGAUUGGAACUCGUUGUUCUGGAUUCCCCACCCGGGCGGCCCGGCGAUCCUGGACAAGAUCGAGUCGAAGCUGGGGUUGAAGAGGGAGAAGCUGGCGCUGACCAGGGAAGUGUUGAGGGAGUACGGGAACAUGGUGACGCCGAGCGUGGUGUUCGUCAUGGACGAGAUGAGGAAGAGGUCCUCGGAGCAAGGGAAGGCAUCGACCGGCGAAGGGUUGGAGUGGGGGGUUCUGUUCGGGUACGGGCCAGGUUUGGUCUUGGAGACCGUAGUUCUUCGGGCCUUGCCGACCGGCUGGACGAACUGAACCAGUGAUCGCCGGCGGGGGGUAAUAAUUAUGACGGUGCGUUACAAUAAAGAAGCCAACCAGGGUUAGAGAUUGGGUAAGGUUGAUGAUUCAGGACAAUUCGAUGCACAGCUGCUGUUGAUCCAGUUCUUUUUGUUUUUGUUUUUCUUCUUCUUCUUCUUCUUCACUUAGCUGGGCAUUUUGUACGUGCACUUUCUCUUGGAUUAAUGGAAUUCAGAUCCAAUGUUUUGAGGCUUUUCUCUUUA